AUGUCGCAGGAACCGGAUCCACAGCCUCACAUCUCUAUCACACUGAAGAGUCCGCUCUCUAUGGUCGCCGGUCGCCUUGAAAAGACAUCAAAUGUAGACGUCUGGAGCCCACUACAGGAGAUCAGCGGCGUCGUGAAGAUUACAAGCAGGGUGCUCCUCACUAUACAGCAGGUUCAAAUUAGCUUUGAAGGGGAAUCCAGGGUUCACACUCAAAGCGUCAACAAGGACGAUCAAAGAAGCACCAUAACCUUAAAGUCCAGUUACAAAUUUCUAGCCCAAUCACUCGACCUGGAGAAUUUUGAAAUAUCAAACGAUGCAGAGUCCAGAAUUUAUUUCUACUCCACUCAGUUUCGCUUCAUUAUUUCUCGAUGGGCGACACCCAAGAGCGGCAAUGCUCCGGGACAGUGCCUUGUCCUUCCCCCAACCUUUUGUCAUGGACCUAUCUUGACGGACGAUACGGACGCUACUACCUACGCUCAACCGCUGAUCGAGUACAAUCUUAGAGUUGUAGCGGCUCUCACUAACUUGCACACGAUGGACGGGAUGGUCAAAUUAUAUCACCAAUUGGAGAUUCCUAUUCGCGCCGCUCCUGAGGUGUUUCCUCCAUGCGAUACUAACGACUUUUUCAAUGACUUUGUGACCAAGCAAAGCCAUCCACUUCGACCAUCAAUCUUUAGCUUCCAAAAAUAUACGAUGAGUCUUACCGCGGCUGAACCUGCUCCUAUACUCAUGGGCGAUGGCAAUAAGUCUGAAAGGACGGAAAUUGUAAUUCGGGUCAGUGUUACAGCGUCAAUCGACAAUGUCGAUACUCGGGAGUUUGUCAUGCUUCUGCAAAGAAUUGGUUGCAGAAUCAUACCAGGAUUGCGAGCAAAAACGUUUUAUUCUACUCAACCGUUCCCGAAACUGCCUGUACAAGGUCUUUUGACGGUGAAUGGCCCCCAUCGACUCCACGACCAGAUUCUAAAGCUGGAGCAAACAAGUCGACCCUUGACUUCGUGGCGAUUUGUGGAGACUGAUGCUGACCCUUUAACUGGAAAAUGCGAUAUCCCUGGGUCAACAAGUGAGCACAAGGUCCAUCCGAUAAGGGAAGGCCAGUGGUUGCCUGCAGAAUGGCAGACCGAAAUCUCCUUCACCAUCACAGUGCCCAAUGACGUUACUCCAACGUUCUGCAGCGCCACUGCCUCGAGGCAGUACAGCCUGAUUAUCCUGCUGAAAGCCACUGGUGUCAAAGUUGACGACUUCGUUUUGGAAGUGCCGAUCCAAUUUGUGUCUGCUCCCAUCCACUCAAGCUUGACAGAUUUAAGUGAACCAGAGGACUGCUUCUCCGAAGUUUCCGAAGAAAGCAUUGGACCAUUGCGAUGUUACCAGAAUAUGUUUGAAAUGGUAUCGGAGAAUGACAAUGAGCCGCCACCAAAAUACAUGUCGUCAAUCCUUUGA